CAAUUCAACCACAACUGACAGUGACAGUUUUGUGUUUUGGUUUUGAUUAUUGGAGAAUCGCCGGAGUCGCCGGUCCAGUUCCUGAAUUUUUUAUUGAUCAGAUUUUAUAACAUUGUAAAUUUUCAAUAAUAAUUCUUGUUGUAUACGCCCAAACACUACAAAAAUGUCCCUAUUUCCAUUGGAAUCAAACCCAGAGGUGCUGAACAAGUUCAUCCACUUGUUAGGAGUUCCUGAAAAAAUUAAAAUCGAGGAUGUAUAUGGCCUUGAUAAUGAUGCACUGGCUUGGGUACCUCAACCUGUCAUAGCAAUGAUCUUACUAUUUCCUUGCAGUGAUAAGUACUAUGAAUAUGUAGAAAAGGAAAAAGAAUUGCUGAAGGAGAAAGGCCAAGUAAAUUCCCCCAAUUUAUGGUUCAUGAAACAACAGGUCUCAAAUGCUUGUGGUACCAUUGCAUUGAUCCACAGUAUUGCAAAUAAUAUUGACAAGAUCCAAUUAGAAGAUGGCAUUUUCAAAAAAUUAUUGGAAGAAUCUGAAGGAAAAACUCCAGAUGAGAGAGGAGAAAUGUUAGCAAAGGCUGGCAGUGGAUCUGAAGCUUUUAAACUGAUUGCUGCUCAUCAGGAGCUUGCUAGAGAAGGGCAAACUGAGGUUAAUCCCAAUGAACAGGUAAAUCACCAUUUUAUCAGUUUAAUUGAAAAAGAUGGUGAAUUAUAUGAGUUGGAUGGGCGAAAAGAGUGUCCUAUAAAUCAUGGCCCAACUUCAAAAGAAACAUUUUUACAGGAUGCCGCAAAAGUUUGCAAAUCAUUCAUGGAGAGGGAUUCUGAAGACAUUAACUUUACUGUUAUGGCACUUAUCGAGUCUGACUGAAUUAUUUCAAACACACUGAAAGAAAUGCUUUAGCUGUGUUUUGUUCAAAAAAUCAUUUGGUAUGUUUUUUAUUUCUUUAUUGUUUUCGAUGAGGUUGGCUUUGAAUGUGCCUUGCUUUGUUUACGUUUGAUUUGGUAUUUUCAACAAUGAUUAAUAAAAUGUGAUAUGCAUCAGAACCAAAUAAAUAAAUCAUCACUAGAGUUCGUUUUUUCUUGUACUAAUGAUAAAUUAGUAGGAACAAAGGAAGGAUACA